AUGAGGGCCAGAAAAUUAAGGAGCGGCGCAGCAGCCGCGAUUCUCGGAUUCCUCGUGGCUGAUCAUGGUUCCCAUAUCCGAGCCUCUGCAUUUCCCUUUCCAGGAGCUCACAGUCACACGGAGGAUGCAUCUCCCUCGAAAGGUAGUGGCAUCAGCGGGACAGUUCAGGGCGGAGAUGUAGCAGCGGCUGCUCUCUUUGGCGGGGGUUUCUUCGGGUCUCGGGCCUCCAAUGCCAAUAUUUCUUUAUCCAUUCUUUCUCCUGCUGCGUCUAGUGCGCCAUUGUCAGCCACAGUAGCAGAGGUGCUACAACAGGCGGUCACCUCCGCAACGGACGCUGUUAACGGAGCAGCUGAACACGCGGCGGAGGCAUACACCAUGGGCAUUGAACAGGCCAGGAGCAAGACGUCGAAAUGGUGGACCUCUGAAGGUCCACAGAGAGCAGCAGAGGCAGCUCGUGAAAUCACUGAAGGGGCAGCUAGUAUCGCAUCGGGCGCAGCAAGUGAAGCCCAGAGACAACUGUAUGCCUUGGGUUCCCUGCUAGAGGACAAGCUCCCCGGUGCAGCAGAUACAGCAUAUUCAACGGCAAAGAGCGCAAGCUCAGCAGCCGGUGUCGCGGCAAAAGAGCUCUCUGCGGCAGCAAAAGAUGCCGAAUCUGCCUUCCUCGCGUGGGCGGGGCACAUUAAAGAGGAGCUGGAGGGCGGUUCAAGUGAGGCGGUUACGAAAACUGCAGAACAGGCAGCAGCAGCAGCAGAAGUCGCACGAAAGGCCGCAGUUGAUGCGGCAGAGAAGGCUACUGUAGCGGCCAGAGAAGCCAGACGCACCCUUGUCGUCUUGGGAAAUCGCGUUCACUCCGAGUCCGAGGGCGCAGCGCAGUCUGCUUUGAAGGCCGCUCGGGAGACGGUUGAUAAAGCAGAAAAGGCUGUGGCCACAGUAGAGCAUGCAGCUGACACAGCACGCGCCGCCUUAGCUUCGUGGGGAGCUCUACUGGGACAGACACUGCACGCCGGGACGCGGCACGUGCGGGGUGCAGCGGAGGUUGCAGCAGGAGCCGCCAAGGAUCUAGCAGACAGUUUGCAGAACGUGGCCAGCAGCGCCAGUAGUGCUGCAGAGACACUGGAAAGCACUGCAUAUGCCGUUUCCUCUGGAGCGGAGCAUGGCGCAGAGAAGGCAGACAGAGUCAUAGAUGUGCUGGCCUCCAAUGCCUCCAAGCCUCUCAUCGGUCUCUUUAUGCCUUGGGUCGGAGGACAGAAUGUGCAAGAAGAGCCGAAGCAAGCGAUACCGGGGUGCCAUUGCCCCGAGUCAGCUACGGCGACGGCCUCUAGUUCUCCUCAGGAGGGCGAAAUUGGAGGAAGCGGCGAGGAUGAGGGAGCAGCAUGCAACUGCCCGUCCGGUAACAACAGCGAGUCUAUUCUGGAUGCUACACAGCGGCUUUUGGGCCUUGGAGCUCCAGUUUUAGAAGAGGCCACGGGCACAGAAAAGGCGAGCGAAGGCGCUGAGCCAGCAGAAACGGCAGGCCUGAGCUCUGUCAUCCAAAAGGCCGGAGAACGGAUCCUAUCGGCAUUGCCUAUUUUAAAUCCCAAGAUGGACCUUCGUCCGACGGAUAGCGCUGCGUGGCUGGGUUCCUCGGCAGUGCUGAAGUCUGAAACGGAUGCCACCUUAUCUUCCGAUCCGGCACAGAACCGUGAGGUUGUGGAGGCACUUCCUCCGGUAUACAAGGAAGGGAUCCCCCUGGAUUGCGACCCCCUGCCCCCGUACAGGGACUGUAUCGCUCAAUGCGACAGCGUGGAGGCGAAGGCCAACGAUUCGCAAGAGCCGGCCCCCGCCACCCAAGGCCUUUCCUCUUACGAAUACAGCAAGAAACGCGCCUGUUACUUGGCGUGCGUGUCCAAAUGGAUCGACACGACCAUUCCGGGGUGUAUGGACAGCAACGGGAAGGUGGUCGCAGGCACCCCGCCGGCGGCUCAAUUCCGUUCCACCACGACGACCAGUACAACCCCCCUUCCAGUCACCACCACUGUGCCCGAGGCACUUACGGAUGCGAAGCGAGAACCUGCGGGCACUUCAUGGGGACCCUUUUUAGAAAGACUGCAGAGAAAGGAGGAGCAACAUUCCGAUGAACCCAAGGAAAACACGCAGUCAUCUGGCCUUUCAUGGUUUUUCACUGAAUCAGAAACCACCACCACCACCACUACCACCGUCCCCCCAAACAAGGGACUUCUUGACUCGCUUUUUAAUAAGAGUCAAGAAACGCAGCAAUCCGAUGAACAGAAGGCGGCUAUCCCCUCCUGGCUUUCGGGAAGCGCAUGGGGUGACUGGAAGCGCGCUUUGACGAGCAAGGUAAUGGGGAAGGUGGCAACAGACGAUGCUACCACCAAUGCAGACAGCACACAAGCAGAGGAGGAAAACCACAGGGACCUAGGCGAAAGCGAGGCCACCAAUUCCAACGCCAUCAUCUUGGGGACUGCAGCGGCUGUCCUCCUUCUGGCGUUGAUCUUCGUGAUAGUGGUUCUCCGUCGCUGGGAAGCCCACCACAGAGAGAGAACCCGUGUGGCUGAGCGGCAGCAGGUGCCACCAAGCCAGAGGGGCGACAUGCAGCAGCCCCUGAUGCAGCAGCAGGCCUAA